AUUUUGAAAAUAGAAAUCAUCGCAACAUUCAUAGAUCCGUUGGUUUUCAAAAGGUUGUAAAUUCGUUCUUUAUUAUUUCAAAAGAAUUCUAUGUAAUUUUGUAUAACUAAUAUUUGAGCACUCAAAAGAUUAAAUAAUUUACACAGAACAAAUGUGAAAUAGUUUUGGAACUACUUCACGUAAUAUCAAUCCUCAUACGGCAAUUUGCAACCAAAUAGACAGUGGAAGCAGCUUUGUUAAGUGCCUAUACCUCUGAUCUAUUGUAUUGAGUUGUACAAUCAGCUUAGUUUUUGGAGCUUGCUAUUUUGGCGGCUUGCAAAGGUAAUUUGCGCGCACUAAAACCGGGUGAUUUAAUAAAUUUCAGCGCGCGUUUCAACAUUUUCCGUGAUACUGGGAGUUAUGUAUUAUUUGCUUACUUCGCCAUCUUUAAAUGCUUUGUAACGAUAUACACUAUUGGUUUCGUACUAACAAAGUAUUAUGGAAUAUGGUGAUACAAGCAUGAGUGGUGGUCAGCAGAUCUACGUUUCACAACCUCAAGAACCACCAAGAGUUUCAGGAUCUAAUCCUCAAGAUGUCGUAAAUGCAUUUCCUGGGGUUGAUUGUAAUUCAUCAAACCGAAACUAUGGACCUUAUACACAAACAUACCAAGCUCAUGAAUAUAAUGGACCACAUACUUCUCAUAUUGGAGGACCACCAAGUGUUUAUCAGCAGCCGUAUUCUGGUGAGGCUCAUGGCCAGAGCCUGACACUAAACCAACUCUUACAACAAAAUAGUUCGGCAACUACAUAUCAAGUCCGUCCAGUGAAUAGUCCACAGGCAAUUUACCGAAAUUACGACCAGUAUUCAUAUUCAUAUAAACCCGGUGCACCAGCAUGCGUGGCACAAGACCGAACUCAGGCAAGUGUAUGUUCGUACUCUGGAGCUCAACGUUUUGUAGAUCCCUACACUCGUUCAUAUCUUCCAUACCCACCUGGUCCAAAUUAUCCAUACUAUCCUCAGUCACAAUCAAUGGUGCAGAGGUCCCGCGUACCCCAACCUUCGGGCCUAGAGUAUGCAAAUAUAAACACUUGCAAUCAACCAAGACCCCCACUUCAGUCUACUCCUGGAGGAGGUACUCCAAAUCAAGUUGAGCGCCCACCAUCAAGGAGUAUCAAUUAUCUCAACAGUCCAACCCAUGCGGCAUUCUCAAAUACACAAGUUUCCUCACCAGUACAUAGUAGUGGAUCUCAACCAUCGUCUUGGUCACCACAUUCUGCCUCAUAUGGUUCUUCAGCGCACAUGCAGUCUCAACCAAGACCUCGUAGUUUAUCAAAAGAUUUUCAGGUGAAAAUGAACGAAGUUCAGUCUGAAAGUCCUAACGCUAAUAACAGUAAUACUAAUAGUGCUACCAGACCUGAUAACCAAAGUGAAGGUAUACCUAAUAAUUUUGAAGAUACAAGCUGUCGUCCUCAGUCAAGAUUAAGCGAUGUAAGUUGUUUGUUUUUGUUGUUUACAACGUCUGGUUGUGUUUGAAGUAGUAUGUCACAGUUUUUUGCGUCAACAGUUUUGAUUCAUGAUGUUAUUCAUUCACUCAGUUGUUGGAUGACUGAUUUCAUACACGUUAUAAUAAGUUGGUGCUGUGAAUCACUGGGCUAGGGGCUAAGUUUUCUAUAGUACUUCAUGGGUUCUAGCCCCUACUGGAAUUUGG